UAAAAUACUAUUUUCUAAGUAAAAAGUCAUUAGAAAAUGAAUUCAAAUAUUUUCUUAAUAACCUUUUUAGUGCUCUUCGCGCUUGCUGCUGCCAAUGAGCUAAAGUCACACAAACCUGCGCGAAACCAUAAAAUCUACGAAGAUUGCAUGAAAGAAUCAGGCGCAAGCGUUGCACAAUUGGAAGCCUUGAAAAAGGGCGAUUUCAAUUCCAUCGAUAAUAAGGCGAAAUGUUUUCUAAAAUGUCUCGAAGAUAAUAAAGGAAUUCUAACAAAUGGUAUGCCAAAUGAAGCUGGUAUAAGAAAGAAAGUACAUGCGCCACCUGCUGGUAACGGUGUGUCGAAAGAUUUGCUCGCCAAAUGUAAUGGCCUGAAGGGUGCCGACGAAUGCGAUACAGCUUAUCAGAUAUAUAAAUGUUUUAUGCAGGAGAAGGUGCCAUUAAUUUAA